CCCUCGGCCACAAAAUCAAAUUGCAAAAAAUUGUGAAAAAUCUUGUCGCCGAAAAUGCUUCUGCCUCAAUGAGGAACAAUGAAAUCAUUCCUGAAUUAUGUGCCAAUGGCACGGUAAUCGAACUUCAAGGAAUUGACGACGUAACUCACGUAAAUGAAAGCAUUACCGAGGCACAUGCAGAUCCUAUCAGCAAGUCUGAUGAUACAUUUCCAGUUAUUUCAAUUUUGAAGGAGUCGUCAGAAGGUAGAAAAAUUGUUAAAUCAUUUAUGGAUCGCAACGAAGCGUAUUUAGAAGUAGAUGAACGGAAAACGUUGCUACGGAUACUUGUGAGCCAUAUGUGCAUGCUUUCUGGGAAAGAAGAUUUAUAUCCACCGAGCAGCCUUAAAGAAGAACUUGCAAAGGCAAUUGUUAAAGCUUUUCCAUGUUUGGCUGUCCCUUGUUCUGACGGUUCUAGCCUGACGAACUAUACUCACUAUUUUAAUCCAAAAUUAACUAACGGUUUCAUCGAUACUCGUCUGAAAACUAUGCGGUCGAAGUCCGAAGUGUCAAGGAAAAAAAAAAGUCUGGAAACCAAAGACUGCUGCUGCCCGGCUAAAAGGACAAAGUCCAAUCGCAGGCCUGACAACGAGCUUAAUGGUGAUAGAGACCCCGCUUUCAAUGAAGAUGAAGAUAUAUUCAAGACACAUUUACCUGAACAGGGUUCUAAUGAAAACACAAUUCAAGAGCAUAUGGCGUCUACAUAUAACUACAGACAACAUCAAAUUUCUGUAGGUAAAUGGACCACUACGCAGAUACUUGCGGAGUAUCCUCGCUUCCGUGAUUGCCAAAAUUUGAUUUUCCGUGAUUUCCUACUGGCAUUCCCGAAGGCGGGACACUUUGAGGAGACUUUUAUUUUGGCGCAAGGACCAUUGGUAAUAAAAUAUGCCUUGAGAUCAAAUGUUCCCGUUCCAGACACGGAAGAUGAAUGCCUUAAACUAUUGGUUCUAGUAAUGCGACUGAUUCCAUCUUUAAAGAAGAUUCGCGUUGUUAGCCAGGAUUCAAUCAUUGAACGAGUGGUUUAUUUCAUCAAGGCUAAUGAAGACAUUUUAUCAAUUAUCGAGAAAAAGCCCCAUCUCAAGGAGUCACCUUUUAUGUGUUGCGUAGGUUCGCUGAGAAACCCAAUCUGUUUUAGCAUUGUCUGUGAAGGGGAAUUAAUAUCAAGCGGUACCAGCUCAAUUAAGGCGUUCAAGAACCUCUUCGCGUCGUUUCAUAUGUUUCGUAUUAAAUACCCUACACUCCUAAGCACAUUUUAUUAUUUUUUUGAUUCUUACGUUUUCAAUGUCCACCCUGGUAGAAUUCGUCCUUCAGUCGCAGAUUUUUUUACACAGUUAAAUGCAUAGAAAGUGGGCAUACAGAAAUUGAAAUAGCCUACACUGGAUCUCAUUAUAUGAUCAUUUUUCUGAAAAAGCAUGUUUCCCUAUAUGUUAAAUGUUUUGACUUAUCUAGAUAUGUUUAUGUAACUAACGUUCAAAGCGCAUUUAUGUGAAUUCAGAACUAUAUGUUUAGUAUUCUAAAUACCAAGAAGUUUCUCUAUUUUACAUGGUUCCCAGAGCAACCCGGAAAUUUCUGGUGUUUUUUGUAUUUUACAAU